AUGAAGUUCCUCGCCGUCCUCGCGGGCUCGACGAUGGCAGCCGGGCCCGUCACCUUCACCUUUGCCUCGGACGACGGCCUGGCCUACUGCCAGGUCAAGGACCCAAGCUUCAGGAUCAAGCACUCGGUCUACAAGGGCUGCAUCAAGGACGGAUACAGGCACUGGACCUGCCUCGACAUGGAGCCGGACUUUCUCUGCGACCAGUGCGGCUUCUACCCCUCCAACUACUGCUUCAACCCCACCUAG